UAGCGCGACAUGGCUGAAGCGCACCAGGCCGUGGGCUUCCGACCCUCGCUGACUUCGGACGCGGGAGAAGUGGAGCUCAGUGCCCCGAUGUUGCAGGAGAUCUACCUCUCCGGACUGCGCUCUUGGAAAAGGCAUCUGUCCCGUUUCUGGAACGAUUUUCUCACAGGUGUGUUCCCUGCUAGCCCCCUCAGCUGGCUGUUCCUCUUCAGUGCAAUCCAGCUUGCCUGGUUCCUCCAGCUGGAUCCUUCCUUAGGACUGAUGGAGAAAAUCAAAGAGUUGCUGCCAGACUGGGGUGGACAGCAUCACAGGCUUCGGGGGGUCCUGGCGGCCGCGCUGUUUGCUUCGUGUCUGUGGGGAGCUCUGAUCUUCACGCUUCAUGUGGCCCUGAGGCUACUUCUGUCCUACCACGGCUGGCUCCUCCAACCCCACGGAACCAUGUCCUCACGCACCAAGACCUGGCUGGCCCUGGUUCGCAUCUUCUCCGGCCGCCACCCAAUGCUCUUCAGUUACCAACGCUCCCUGCCGCAUCAGCCUGUGCCCUCCGUGCAGGACACCGUGCGCAAGUAUCUGGAGUCUGUCCGACCCGUCCUCUCCGACGAGGACUUCGACUGGACCGCGGCCCUAGCACGGGAAUUCCUGAGGCUGCAGGCGUCACUGCUGCAGUGGUACCUUCAGCUCAAGUCCUGGUGGGCGUCCAAUUACGUCAGUGACUGGUGGGAGGAAUUUGUGUACCUGCGCUCCCGGAACUCACUGAUGGUGAAUAGCAACUAUUAUAUGAUGGACUUCCUGUAUGUCACGCCCACUCCCGUGCAGGCCGCCCGUGCGGGGAACGCGGUCCACGCCCUCCUCCUGUACCGCCACCGCCUGAACCGCCAGGAGAUCCUGCCGACUUUGCUGAUGGGAAUGCGGCCCUUGUGCUCUGCCCAGUAUGAGAAGAUAUUCAACACCACGCGAAUUCCCGGGGUCCACAAAGACCACAUCCGCCACCUCCGUGACAGCAGACACGUGGCCGUCUUCCACCGGGGCCGAUUCUUCCGCGUGGGGACCCACUCCCAAAGCGGCCUCCUUUCCCCGCGGGCCCUGGAGCAGCAGUUCCAGCGAAUCCUGGACGACCCCUCUCCUGCCUGCCCCCACGAGGAGCAUCUGGCGGCCUUGACUGCUGCUCCGAGGGACAUGUGGGCCCACGUGCGGAGGUCCCUGAAGACCCAGGCCCAGGAGGCCCUGGAGGCCGUCGAAGGGGCUGCUUUCUUUGUAUCACUUGACUCUGAGCCCGCGGGGCUCACCAGGGAGGACCCCGCAGCUUCCUUAGACGCCUACGCCCACGCCCUGCUGGCCGGCAGGGGCCACGACCGCUGGUUUGACAAAUCCUUCUCCUUAAUCGUCUUCUCCAACGGGAAGUUGGGCCUCAGCGUGGAGCACUCGUGGGCCGACUGCCCCAUCUCGGGACACAUGUGGGAGUUCACUCUGGCCACAGAAUGCUUUCAGCUGGGCUACUCGGCAGAUGGUCACUGCAAGGGUCACCCUGACCCCUCACUGCCCCAGCCCCAGCGGCUGCACUGGGACCUUCCAGACAAGAUCCAUCUAUCCAUCUCUCUAGCCCUGAGGGGAGCCAAGACCUUGUCUGGAAACAUCGACUGCCACGUCUUCCCCUUCUCCCACUUCGGCAAGAGCUUCAUCAAACGCUGCCACCUCUCUUCAGACGGCUUCAUCCAGAUGGCCUUGCAGCUGGCCUACUUUCGGGUCAGUUGGGUUCCCGACCCCCACCCCCGCUCAGGACCUCAGUUCACCUGGGCCCCCAAGACCCGCCGCAUUGACCCCUUUAAUGACUUCUUGGUUAUUGCCAUGGACAGGGGUCAAUUCUGCCUGACUUAUGAGUCGACCGUGACUCGCUUGUUCCUGGAAGGGCGGACAGAGACGGUGCGUUCUUGCACGAGGGAGGCCUGCAACUUUGUGAGAGCCAUGGAGGACAAAGAGAAGACAGACUCACAGUGCCUCGCCCUGCUCCGCUUGGCGGUGGACAAGCACCAAGCUCUGCUGAAGGCAGCGAUGAGUGGACAGGGGGUCGACCGCCACCUCUUUGCUCUCUACAUCGUGUCCCAAUUCCUCCACCUGCAGUCUCCCUUCCUGGACCAGGUUCACUCGGAGCAGUGGCAGCUGGCCGCCAGCCAGAUUCCUGUUCAGCAAAUCCACCUGUUCGACGUCCACAGUUACCCCGACUACGUUUCCUCUGGUGGUGGAUUCGGGCCUGCUGAUGACCACGGUUACGGUGUCUCCUACAUCUUCAUGGGGGACGAUGGGAUCACCUUCCACAUCUCCAGCAAAAAAUCAAGCACAAGAACGGACUCCCACCGGCUGGGGCAGCACAUCGAGGGUGCAUUGUUGGACGUGGCCGCCCUUUUCCAGGAGGGGCAGCGUCUUAAGCGCAGAGGGUUAGGGGAGGAGGACUCAGAGCACAGCCGUGACUCUCUCCCCUGCCAUACCAGGGGCUCCAGGGCACCCACGACCGCCACUAACUUUUGACACCUUCCAGAGGGGAGCUGGUCUCCCCAGGAACUCGGGGGAAGGUCUCUGUGGCUGGGCUGGUGCAGGACAGAAGCAGCCUGUUUGGGUUUGGGAAUCCCUCGUCUGGUCUAAUAAAGAUGUGUGCGCUGGGGAUGUGGUGUCUGCUGUGCUCUCGAGCUGGGCAGGGAUGGGAGAGGUGAGGGUCAGGGUAGAAGAGGGGAAGAGUUCCCAUCCCUCUCUAGGCCCCACCAUGACACAGGUUCCAGGGACUAGGAGGCGGGCAUCUUUGGGGGAACCAUUGUUCUGCGUA